AUGGCAGACGCAUGUAUCCCACACGGCAUUAAUCCAUAUGAAGUCUGCCAGGCUGCCUCGACAAAACCAUUUGGAUACAUGCCAUAUUCUCCUGAUGUUGGCGUGGGCGGACACUGUAUCCCAGUCAACCCCUUCUAUCUCCUCUCAAACAGUCACUUCCCUUUGCUUGAGUGCGCUACACUUGCGAUGCAUUCUCAACCAUCAAGACUAGCCGAGAGGAUGCUCAAGAGACUGAGGCAAAGAGUCACAGGAAGAACGCCUCGAGUCCCUGUAGUGGGUGUGGGCUUCAAAGCUGGCCAGUCACAGAUUGACAACUCCCCAGGAGCAGACCUUGCCGAUUCUCUGGUCAAGCAAUGUGCACUACCUCAGGUUCGGCGUCUCUUAGAUGAAGACUGGCGAAAAGAUGUCCUGAGAAAGUUUGAUAUCAUUGUUGUAGCUUCCAGGCAGGCGGGUGUGAGUUUUGAUAUCCUGGAUGAGCUGGAUGGGGUUGAGAUUGAGAGAUGGUGUCAAUAA